AUGAAAAUGUCAGAACUUGCUUCGUUAUUACUAUGAAUAAAAGUUGAUGGCAACUCAACUCCAUAUGUUCUGUGGAACUAAUGACGUUAUUACGUAUCAAUGCAUGAUUGGUGACAUUAUCGAGCUCGUUCUGCGCAUGCGCAGGAUUAAAGUUUGCUUCAGAGAUAAUGCUGGUUCAGAAGUGUAAUAAAAGUUGAUCCUGGGGGCUGCUAUUGCGUACUAGAGAUCUAGAUUAAAUUUGAUACGGGAUUAACUUUUAUAGCGGGCACAGAAAACGCUCAGAUAUCCAUGUUGUUAGCUAGAACGUCCAUUUUUCUUGGUCUAUUUAUUGUGGUGCCAGUCGCCUCCUCUACGGAUAACAUCUGUGGCCUGAGAUUUCAAGCACCGAAUCUCCAUAAACAGCAUAAUAGCCUCCGAGCUAGUGUAUUGCUAACGUGUCGGCUUCUCAUCCAGACGCGAGGAGUUCAACUGUCGCCCCGAGGUCAUUCGGUGGGUAAGGACUAAGCUCAGAAGAGUCGGCACCAGCUGACACACGCCAAUCGGGCGUACAUUAUAGUCGGCUAUAAAGGAAAAGCAAAUAAAAAUGAUCAGGCAAUGUUUCUUGGUCUUGCAAGCGUUUCUCGUUUUCUCCAUCAUUGCGGUAUUUUACCUUAAAGAACUCGACAUCUCCCUCAUGAGUUUAAAGACCCUCGGACAGGCGGAGAAAACGCCAGAAUUCUUCUCGGAUGACGUCACCACUGAGGAUCGUCCAAGUCCUGCCGCGCCUCCGUCAACCACGCAGUCGCCUCCUUCUUCCGCUGACCCCGCCUUCAGUUCCUGCGCAUGCUCGCUCUCCGCCAUGAGCAAAGCUAGCGUGUAUGAGGAACAGCUGGAGACCGUCGUUCCGUGGGCCAACCUCACUACCAGACAGGCGCUGGAGAAGCAGCAUCCCAACUUCCCUCUGAACUUGGUCAGAAACUUUGAGGAGAAAUGGUGCAAUCUGUUGCCGAUGCCGCAUCUAAUAAACUGGAAUAAUAUGUACCUCCAGUCUGUGAAGGUUUCAAGCACCACUUUUCUGCUCUAUUCAGCAUUCUUUGAUAACCGGAAACUCACAGAUCUGCGGCCCUGUAUCCGGAUAGUGGCAUACGCGCAAACAAAAUUCCCUGACGUUCCCUGGUGUUACAUCUGGUUCAACUCUACGGGGCCGCCCGUCGUCUCUCGCGUCGCCAGGACAGAAUUUUUGGACUGGCAACCGAGAUCGGCGACGCGGCAGAUGACCUUCCUGCUGACGUGCCCGAUACCCAAGACCGAGAGUCCCACUGUGCCCCUGGCUGUGUCCGUCGUCGCCCGGCCGUGCGAGAAAGCAGGAACCUUAUUGCAAGUGACGGGAGCGAUGGAGCGAAACGCAACGACGGCUUUCGAGGGAGGUGAGCCGGCGAGGGGAAGAGCGAGGUCGCCGCGGAAAGAGGGGGACGGGCGGUGGCGCGUGGCGGUGUGCGGGCCGGCGCUGUACUACUUCCACGAGGACUUCUCCGUGCGGAUGGUGGAGUGGCUGGAGAUCCUGCGGGCGCAGGGCUUCGCCAGGGUGUUCCUCUCGGUGACCGACGUCCACCCGAACCUCGAGAGAGUCCUGCGCUACUACGAGGCCCGCGGCUUCGUCGGGAUGGUGCGCUUCGCCUACCCGGAGCCCUACGUCAACGAGCCCAGCAUCCGCAGACUCUGGUUCAUGGUGGAGAGGCAAAAGAGAUUCGCCAUGCAGAAUGUGUACUACACCGACUGCGGUCUCCGCCACAUGCACGAAUACCGCUUCAUCGCGCACAUUGAUCCCGACGAAAUUCCGAUGCUGCGCCUUCAUGACACCUUCCCGCAGUGGCUCUCCGAUCAGCUGAACAGCCACCCCGUUAAGCCCGGCGACGAGAGAAAACAGCCUCCUGCCCACAAGUUGAUCUGGUACUACCACCAGAAAAACCUCGAACCUGCACCCUCUGCGGCGUCUCUCCCCGAGUACCUGUGGGCGAUGCGACACACCAAGAGGUCGCUGGAAAGCAUGGCCGUGACACCUGGAAAGACCAAACCCGUUUACGACAUGGACUUGGCAACAGGCCUCUUUUCACAUGAUGUUCUCACUUGUGCCUAUGGAAAGUGUGAGAGAAACUCCCGUAUAUACAAAAGAGACGUAGCAUACCUCGCGCACUUCAGGUACGACUGUGACGAUUUCUGCAAGCAACCCAACUCCACCGUGGAAGAAACGAUUCUUCUGAAAUACAAGAACCAAGUUAUCCCAGCCGUUACGAAAGUUCUCAAGGAGCUUCAGUUGAUUUAGUGUCUCUUCCGCCUUAUUAAGAAAUGGAGAGGGAGAGAGUAAAAUUCAAAAUAUUUAUGUAUUUGUUGCAUCGGUUAUUCCUCUAACAGCAGUAAUGUCUGAACCAGAAACAAAAAUGAUAAUAAAACUUUAAAUAAUUUCGUAUCAUAAUAUACAGCACAUUUACAAAUUUAGAGUAUAUUAGAUGCCACUGAUAAUUUGGGAAGUAUUUUAGUUUUGACUUGAAUGUAAUCAAGAUAUAUCUGCUGUUAGAAGCUUCUAGAUCACGGAUUUGCAUUUACCAUACUGCUAUUUUAGUCUAUGACCUUCCAAUGUACAAAACAGUUGUCCUGUCUUUUUUAAAUGACUGUUGUGUAGAAUAUUGUUUGUAGAGACAAUAUCCAAAUAAGAUACAUUUCUUGUCUACCAUUAUGACUGAUUACAUGUAAUAUUAUAGUAAAUACAUGUCUGUUGAACAUUCACCCAUUGAUUGUGUUCGUAUGCGACAAAUCGUGGAAUGACAAUGGAUAAUUUCACGAGGCGAGAUUGUGCCAAUAAAUACGACUAUUUUGUUAACCAUUAUAACACAACGCUAACUGGCAAUACCCUUGUUCAAAAUAAACUUCAAAAGUUUGAGUGCGUAGGUUUGAUGUUGUUUGUAUCUACGAUAUUUGUUCAUACCCAUGCAUCAUUCACUGUGGGAAAAGCAGAAAGAAUCAUUAAUGCAUGGAACAAUUUUUCACAGGUCUUAUUUCAAGCUCUUACACAUUUUUUUUUAUAACAUGUAAUACAAACCUUAAUAAUUCAAUAAAGGUUACAAAUCAU